AUGGCUUCGUCCCAAGUCAAGCGCUAUGUCAUUGUAGGCAUGGGCGUCAGAUCCGCAUUUUACUACCAAAGCAUCAUCCAAGAUUUUAAAUCGGUCGCUGCAGUAGUGGGCAUAUGCGACACGAACCAGACGCGUAUGAAAGCUGCCAACGAUCGAAUGGUCGAGCUGGGCGGCGAGCGUGUCUCAAUGUAUAAGGCAGAAGACUUCGACAAGAUGGUCAAGGAGCAAAAGGCUGACGUCGUCAUCGUUACCACCAUCGACAAAUUCCAUCAUGUAUACUGCAUCCGUGCCAUGGAGCUGGGCUGCGACGCAAUUACUGAGAAGCCAAUGACCAUCGAUGAAGAGAAGCUUCAAGCUAUGAUCGAUGCCGAGAAGAGGACGGGAAAGCAAGUUCGUGUCCUCUUCAAUUAUCGAUAUGCGCCUCAUCACACCAAGAUGCGCGAACUUAUCGACUCAGGCGUUAUCGGCGAGGUUUCGACCGUGCAUAUGGACUGGAUCCUGGACUGCGCACAUGGAUCCGAUUUCAUGCGCCGAUGGCAUCGGAACAAGGACACCAGUGGUGGCAUUCAGAUGCACAAGUCGAUCCACCACUUUGAUUUGGUACAUUACUGGCUGAAUACCGAACCGGAGAAUGUCUACUGCGUUGGCAGCCUGCGAUUCUACGGUAAAGAGAAUGCGGAACGACGUGGAGAGAAGAACCUCGGCGAGCGGUAUCUCAACAACGAGGCUGCCAAAGACGACCCGUUUGCCAUUCACAUCGAUCAAAAUGCCCAACUAAAGAAGCUUUAUUUGGAGGCUGAGCACGAGGAUGGCUACAUUCGUGACCGUAACUGCUUCGCUGAAGGUAUCACCAUUGAAGACAAUCUCUCUAUGGUAAUCAAGUACAAGAACAAAGCUGUCAUGACGUACAACACGUAUGCUUACGCUCCAUGGGAGGGUUAUCGUUGCGUUUUCAACGGCAGCAAGGGCCGCAUUGAGAUCAAUGUCGUCGAGGGCGGAUACUCAGCUGGUGGCGAGACCAUCACCAACGAAGGGCUUGGUGAACUUGAAGCCAACUACAUACAAGGUGGUGUGGAGAAGACGAAUAUCGUCGUCUAUCCCUUGUGGGGAAAACCGUACGUGGUGGAUGUCGUCAAAGGCGAAGGCGGCCAUGGCGGGGGAGACCCUCUGCUACUAAAGGAUGUCAUCGUAGGAAGCGAGGGCGAGGACAGCUUUAAGAGAGCUGCGUAUAUUCGUGAUGGCGGAAAUGCUGUUCUUGUCGGCGUUGGUGCAAAUAAGUCCAUGGAAUCCGGCUUGCCUAUACAAGUACAGGAUUUGGUUAAAUGGAUCCUAGGACAAGUAGUAUCUCAUUCACUGAUGGCCGCCACAGCACGCCAUCAGCCUCGCACCAACAUGAUCGUUCUUAUAAUAGUCAUUGGUGCAUACAGAAUAUUGCGCAUCCUUUCGGCUUUGCAAACCUCGGGGUCCGGCAGUCACUUCGCGUGCGGCAGCAUUGCGGAGACCCGAAACGAAACAACACUAAGUGACUCUAUCCAAUCACAUGUCGUCUACAGAGCUUCUCAGCCAAUCACAGAACGAGAGGCAAGUUGUUUCACCACGUCAACGCGAUACGCAUCGCUGUUUGCGCUGGAACUACCUACGAAACAGACGUACUCAACAGCACCAUCCAAUAUGCGCAAGUCCUCCCUCCGAAAAACAACUCUCCUUUCCCUCCUCGGUGUUUCCUCCGCACAAACGUCAUCUUGGGGCGAGCCAUUCACUGUAGAACCCGCAGCAACAACUUCAACAGACAACCUGCUUCCCUCUGCCUCCCCAACACCAACAUGGGGUGACGCCUUUAGUGUUGACAACAGCGCUGUGAUUACCCCAUCAAGCUCGCUCCCAACAUCAGAUGCCGCAGCGCCGAGUCUGGCAGUCGAUACGUCAUCACCGAUACCUUCCAACGUAGUAACAUCUGAUGUUACAGUAAUUAGUGGAAUACAGAGUGUUGUCGCAUCGAGGAGUGCCAGCUUUGAUACAAACGCUAGUACGCAGAGUGUGACAGGGACGAGCAGUGCGGAAAGUACACAGAGUGCGACGAGUAGUGGGACAGCGGCUGUAGAGGCUACUGGCGCUGCGGUGCCGGUGAGAGGGUUCAAGAAGAUGGGUCUUGCAGGCGCGAUUGCUGGGGCUGCGGGGGUGAUGUUUGUGUAG